UUUGUGUGAAGACAUGCUUUCAUAUUGUAUCUUCAGUUCAACGUUCCUUCUGCAACAGGCCUUGUUUUAUGCAGUUCAGAAACAAUCUGUGUUUAUUGAGUCACGUAUGAAAGCAGCAGCGUUUUUCCUGUUCUAGCACCGGGUGCCGGUAAAUACGCCGAUCUGGUUGUUCCACUCUCGCAGGAAGAGGGACGCGGUCACAGCCACACACAGCAUGCCCGAGCAUUCCUGAGAGGCCGACCAACAGGUCCUGAGAGACGUUCCUCUGAGGACCGAAUCAACGGGACUGAAGACAUGGCAACCAGGACGUAUGCUUCCGAACUCAGGAUUGUGAUGUUUGGAAAGAGUCCAGCAGCAAAAACAACCCUGAGUGACUGGAUGACUGGAAGAAAGCUGCUUUCUGGUCAAAAAGUCUCCAAGACGUCAACUGCAGAAGGACAAUGGAAAAGAAUCCCUGUGACGGUGGUAAACACCCCAGACAUCUUCGUUUUAUCUGAACUCAGACUGAGACUUGAGGUCAGGAUGUUUGUGGCACACUGCCCCCCCGGACCCAACGUCCUGCUGCUGCUAGUCAAUCCUUCAGACUUCACAGAGAACGACCGACGGAGACUGAAGUUCAUCGUGAGCUUGUUUGGUCUAGACGCCUUCAAAUAUUCGAUGGUGGUCACUACGCAGGAUGACAUGGGGAAGAAUUCGGCCGUGCUUGGACUGGUACAAGACUGCAGACAGAGGCUGCACAGGCUUGACUUCAGCAAUGCUCUGGACGGAUGUGUUGACACACUGAUGGAGAAAAUGAGUAAAAUGGUGAGUGACAACAGAGGGGGUCAUCUGAACUACACCGUUGGGUCUGAAGCCGAGGAGGAAUGUGUGAGUCCACCGCCGGCCCUCAACCUGGUUCUAUGCGGCAGAUUUGAAGUGGGAAAGACUUCUGCAGCUAACGUCAUUUUGAGUACCAAACAUUCUGCUCAUGGCUCAUCAGAGUUGGUUAAAAACGAGGCAGUGGUGUGCGGACGGCAGGUCUCACUGGUGCAGCUGCCCAGCUUCUGUGGAAAGACUUCAGAGGAAGUGAUGCAGCUAGCAUUCAAAUGUGUCUCUCUCUUCGAUCCCGAGGGUGUCCACGCUUUCAUCCUGGUCUUACCGUUGGAUCCUCCUACUAAUGAGGACCAGGAAGAGCUGCUUAUCAUCAAAAACAUCCUAAGUUCUCGAGUGGAUGACUUCAUCAUGGUCCUUUUUACAGUGGAGUCAGAUUCAACUCACAGCGAUGUCGUUCACUUUGUCAAAAGCAACCGGCAGAUCCGGGAGUUUUGUCAGAGCUUCAAAGACCGGCAUCUCAUUUUCAACAUCAACGACAAGGAACAGAUCCCCCAAUUAUUAGGCGCUGUAGAAAAGAUGAAAGUUGUAACAGGAAAAGGAUUCACCAAGGACUUGAUGGCAAAGCCUCGUUCACAAAAGGUGAUUGAAGCCGAGCCAAAAACCAAAACCAGCCAGGAUCAUCUGAGAAUGGUAAUGAUUGGCAAAACGGGCAGUGGCAAAAGUGCCACGGGCAACACUAUCUUGGGGAAAGAGUGUUUUGACUCCAAAAACUGCAUUGAAUCAGUGACAAAGGUUUGCAAGAAAGUAGAUGGAAACGUGGAUGGGAGAGCAGUCACUGUGGUGGACACCCCCGGACUGUUCGACACGACUCUGUCCAACGACGAAGUGAAGCAGGAGCUCUUAAAGUGCAUCAGUCUGCUGGCUCCAGGGCCUCACGUCUUCCUCCUCGUCCUGCAGAUCGGCCGCUUCACCGACGAACAGAAGACGACCGUCCACCUCAUCAAGGAGUUCUUCGGUGACCAGGCCCAGGAUUUCAUCAUUUUCGUCUUCACCAGAGGAGACGACCUCGGCGAGCAAACAUUGGAAAGUUACAUCAGCUCUGAUAGGGAAGGCAACCUCCAGAAACUGAUAAGUGAGUGCGGAGGAAGAUACCAACUCCUCAAUAAUAAAGACGGAGAGAAUCGCUCACAAGUCAGCCAGUUGUUGCAAAAGAUAGAGUCAAUGGUGAGACGGAACAAGGGUGGUUACUACACCUCCGAGAUGUUCCAGGAGGCAGAAGAGGCCAUCCAAAAGGAGAUGCAGAGGAUAAUGAGGGAGAAAGAAGAGGAGAUGCAGCAGAAAAAGAGGAGCCUUGAGAGACAGUACGAGAACAAACUGCAGGCGAAACAGCUGGAAAUCGAACAAGAGAGAGCAGAAAGAGAGAGAGCACUGAGGGAAAAGGAGGAAUGCAUCUACAGGGAGGAGGAGAGGCGGAAGAUGGUGGAAGAAAAGUUAGCACAAGCACAAAAGGAGAGAAAACAUCUUGAUGAAGUUAAGCAACAGAAAGAGACGGACUUUGAAAUAAAGCUGGCAGGAAGGAAGAUGACGCCAAAGGGGGAUCUACAAAAGGUGCGAGAGCACUGGGAGGACAAACGCAAGGAAUUUUGGGACAAACAAGUCCAAGAGAACAAGAAACAAAAGGAGGAGCUGCAACUGAAAAGGCUCCGAGAGGAGUACGAGACGCUUAGAAUCCAGAAUGAAAAGAAAAGAAGAGAGGAAGACCGAAUCAGAAAGGAACAAGAGGAGGAGCUUCGACAAAACGUCCAAAAAACGCUGGAGUUACUCAAGAGGCAGAACGAAGAGAAGGCCAGAGAGCAAGCUGAGGAGCUGAACGAGUUCAAACAGAGAUACGCGGUGGACGUAACGGCUCUAAUGCAGAAGCAAAUGAAGGAGGUGGAGGACAUGAAGCAGCAGCAGCUCAGGAACAAGGAGCUCCUCAUCAGCCACCUGAGCACCAACAAGGCCUUAAGGAAGGAAUACAACAAGAUCAAACAACGACACGAACAAGACAUGGCCUCGCUGAUGAAGUACCUGCCGUCACAGCAGCAGAUCCAGGAGAUGAAGAAGAUGCACGAGCGGGAGAUCGAUGAGUGGAUAAACAACCACAUGCAGAGCAGCGACGGGGCCAAGAGCUGUACUGUCUUAUAAAGUUUGCCAACAAGUGACACCAAGUUUCAGAAAAACAGGUCCUAACAUCGGACGGUGUCAGAAAACACCCAAAGACACUUACCAGAAUGUGAAGGAAACUUUAACAACUGCACGCUGACUUUACUUUGAAUGAAUUUCUGUCUUUAGCAUCACUGUCAUAAUAAUGCAUUGGUUUUAUAUAGCGCUUUUCAGGACACUCAAAGAUGCUUUACAUUGCAAUGCAUUAUUCAUUCACACCAUACUGGAUGGUGGUAAGCUGCUACUGUAGCCACAGCUGUCCCGUCAUGGUUUAAUGGCAAGAGAUUGGAGAGCGGCUCUGAGGAAACCCUGGGGGGGGGGGGGUAGGUAUUGGUUUGACUGAAAGCUUCAUUAUUAUUUUGAACAAAAAUUUAAAAAUCAAUAGAAAUUUACAAACAUAUAACACAAAUCUGAUGGAAUCUGACAUAUUUUAAGAUUUGUCACAGAAAUUUCUCAAAAUGUGACACAUUUUUUACUGAAUUUGUAACUACACUGCUGGCUUUCACAAGCUCAAGUUAAAUAUGUAAACCAGACUAUAUUAAGGAAUAACCUUUUAAAACUGUCAAUAACAUAAUAUCAAUGGUCAAAAUCACCAUAUGUAAUCCCUUGAUAAGGUUUUUGAUGAAGUUUAUGUAAUAUUUUAACCUAUAAAUAAUAGCUGAGUAGCUACGGAAAGAAAAAAAGGUGAACUGUAUAUGUACAUGUUUGUUUGGGAUUUUUUUUCCUUAUUUGUAUGCAAAUAAACAUGUAAAUAACAUGAUGUGUUUUCUAA